AUGCUUGGUGGAAAACUCAGGGGCAGGAGGGGCAGUAUUAGGGUGGGGCUUCUGUCCUGUGUGUCAUUCCUUGUCCCUCCCCUUGGUGGGUGGCAGAAGCAGGAUCAGUUGUGCAAAUUACAUAACAAUGUGCUACUCUGCAUACUCUACUAUUCAGCUAACAGAUUCAUGGCACUCUUGGGUGGAGAAGCAGGUGUGGUUUGGUGUUUCUCCUUUCAAAAGGGAAGAAUAUACACAGCACCGGACAGAAGGGACCGCAGUGAUAUAUCAGGUGUAUUCUCUAGGAAUUACUGUUCUUUCCUUCCCCGGUGUCCAAAAUUGCAGUGCUACAUUAUGGAGACCGUGCUGGAAAAUGCAUAUUCUAACAAUAUGCAAACCAAAACAAAGGUGCUUCCAAAAUAA